CGACGAUUUGAUUCGAUUUCGAUAUGAGUUGAACAUCGACUACCAACAUCGACAAUCAGGGAUAGCACACCACUCUUCAUCGGAUGGAAGGGACAACGUUCGAUCACUUUCGACGACAAAACCAUGUAUCCAUAUCAUACUCCCCCGUACUCGCCGCAGAUCCCGGGCGAUCAUCAUCAACAGCAACACGGCGGCGGAGUCGACCGACGAUCCUCGUUGACGUUUCCUGCAACGUCCAUGCUCGCUCAAAGCGGCGUGACAUCGUCGCCCUACCUCGAUAACCACAACACCAUCAACAGUAACGGUAGUACAAGUAGCAUCGGCAAUGGGAAUGGAGGCAUGCCAAACCAGUACAACAAUGGGAACUACUCGAACGGGUCGCACAGGUUCAUCCAGGAGGAUCGAUUCAACAACUCGCACCAAGAUGUCCAUCAGAACAAUUUCAACCUCAACCUCGGUCGUCAAGACAUGCCGUAUCAGCAGCACUCACAGCAAUACCCACACCCGAACAUCAGCUCGUUUAGCUCUCGAGAAUCCUCCGUCGGAGGCAGCGGAAACGUAUCCGACGCUCAGCAGCAACAGCGUAAUCGACAGCGCUCCAUCGCUUUCCAGGAAGAGAUGUUCAACGCCGUCAAACGUAAACGGAGUUCGCUGUCCGACGAGCACGCCAUGUACCUGCAACAACAGCAACAACAACAAUUGCAGCAGCAACGAGCUCCGGGGUACCCAUCAGGAAACGCCUCGAGCCUCGGUCCAUCCCGUAAUCAUCCGGCGGGUAACAACGUGCCUCUAUACCACCCCUCCAUCGACCCACCUACCGCCUCUUCCUCUCGUCGGGGUUCCGGGCACGCUACGUCUACCUCGGAUGACGAUGGCCCCAACUCGACAGACCGUGGCCCCCAGUCUGGUCCGCACUCGCCGACCGCCUCAUCUUCCUCAUUGUCCAAGAAACCUCGCCUGAUCAAGGCUUGCGAACCUUGUCGUCUCCGCAAGAUCGGGUGCGAUGGGACUCACCCGGUCUGUCAACGAUGUAAGGCUGAUGACCGGGUCGGCGAAUGUCGGUUCAUUCGGACCAUCGUCCGGAGCAGUCUCACCAGGAAGCGGAUGACGGAGCUCGAGGAAAAGUUGGAUAGGUGGGAGAGGCUGUGGGCUGGGUUGACGGGGGAGCCUAGGGGGGAGGAUGGGGAGGGAAUGG